AGUCUUCUGUCGUAUCUCAAAGCUCGGGUAACUCCAAAACUGUUGAUAAAGACAGUUCUAUCGGGGCAUUGGUGGCACUGUCAGUUGUACUUCAGCGACCACCGCGUUCGUAACCGCGAUCUCCGCUUUAAAAAAAUUCCGAUCUAUAAACUACAAAUAGCCAAAAUGAAGUACUACCUGUUACUCAUUGCUGCCGUGUCAUUUCUGACCUACAUCAGUUGUGAUGGAUGCAUCCAGUGCAACUCGAAGACCAACGAACGCUGCGCCACCGAUCCCCUAUCGCUCCUGAACAGGAACUGCUCGGACGGCACCUCCAACUGCUACUCCCGUGUGGUUGAUGGUUACACGAUUCGUGGUUGUGCCGCCGAUCUGAACAACGCCACUCGCGCCUCCUGCAACAACGAGCUGGAGUGCGUGCUCUGCACCUAUGCGGAGGGCUGCAACCGGAAUGUCUUCCCCCAGACUAGGACGCAGUGCCUCCAGUGCUCUGGCAACUCAACCUCCUCGACCUGCGCCGUGGAGACGUACAGCGUGCCCACCAUCUGCCCCAUCUACAAGUUCGGCGAUCGCUGCUACAUCCGGAACAGCAACCGGACCGUGGAUGGCUCCUUCCAGCGGGGAUGCUUGACCACCGCCCAGAGCAACAAGCAGUGCGUCAAGGACGGCAACUGCUUCCUCUGCGACGGCCGUGGCUGCAACUUCCUCAGCGCCAACGACACCCAGAUCCCCCUGGCCCGCGACUCUGGCGUCCAGCUGGCCCUCUCCAUGUCCGUCCUGGCCGGAGCUCUGCUCGCCGCCUGGCGCCUCUAGACUGGACUCCUCCGGCCCCACCCCCAUCUUCGGAGGCUGCUACAUUAAAUUCAUAAUUUUUUUUUUAUUAACUCUGCCUUUAAUUUGCCUUCACUUUUGAACAAAAAUAAAGAUCAAAUUGAAAAGAAAA